GAAACCGUCGUGGGCGUUGAGAUUCACGCGCGACUCGCGACGCGGUCGAAACUGUUUAGCGGCGCCGCGUCCGCGUACGGCGGCGACGCGAACGCCCGCGUCGCGCCGUUCGACGCGGCGCUGCCCGGAACGCUGCCCGUGCUCAACGCCGGCGCGGUGGCGCGCGCGAUCAAGCUCGGGAUCGCGCUCGAGGGGACGGUGCAGCUGAAGUCGAGCUUUGACAGAAAGCACUACUACUACGCCGACUUGCCGCACGGGUAUCAGAUCACGCAACAGCGCGAACCGAUCGUCCGGGGAGGGAUCGUGCGAUGCGUCGGUGUAGAAAACGCUCGGGAAGGCGACCGGGACGGCGGUCGAACGCGGCGUGGGUGGUUGACGGUUGGCAUCGAGCGCGUGCAGAUGGAGACGGAUACGGGCAAGAGCCAAACCGUCGGCGCGGAGGCCGAGGCGGCGCAAGGGACGCUGGUCGAUUUGAAUCGCGCGGGACAGGCGCUGGUAGAAAUCGUGAGCGAACCGGAUAUGCGAAGCGGGGAGGACGCGGCGGCGUGCGUGGAGGCGUUGCAGAGGAUGUUGCGGUAUUUACACGUCAGCGACGCGAACAUGGAGGAGGGGUCGUUGCGAUGCGACGUAAACGUGAGCGUGCGCACGGCGGAGGAGCGCGAGCGAGGCGUUUUUGGCGAACGCGUGGAGAUUAAAAAUUUGAAUAGUCUUCGAAGCAUCGUGCGGGCGGUGAAGUACGAAGCGAAGAGACACGUCGACGUGUUGACCGCCGGCGGGCGCAUCGAGCGCGAGACGCGCGCGUUCGACACGAACACCGGAAAAACCACGGUGCUUCGAACCAAAGAAAACUUGCUCGAUUACCGAUUCACGCCUGAGCCGGACUUACCGCCGUUGGUGUUGAAUCCGGCGGAUGUGGAGGCUAUUGCAAAUAGGAUGCCGGAACUCCCGAACGCGGCGUUCGAGCGCUUGAUGGAGAGCGGCGCAUCGGAGUCCGCGGCGAGUACCAUCAUCGCUUUUCCAUCGACGUUAAAGUAUUACGACACCGCGGUUGACAGUUGCGGCGCCGCUAAGGCGAGCGAUGUGGCCAAUUUUAUUGCGAAUGAAAUCAUCGGCGCCGCGCGCAAAGAUGCCGGAGCGUCGCACAAAGAACCGCUAUCAUCUCUACCGCGCGCGGCGUCGGCGCGACGCGUGGGCGAAUUGUUGGGUAAAGUCGCGAACGGCGAUCUGAGCGGACGCAUGGCGAAACAAGUCUUAGAGGCGCUCAUGAAUAGCGAUGAACGCGCGUUGGCUGAAAUUGUCGAGGACGUGUGCGGCGGCGGUCAAAUGUCGAGCGACGAUCAAUUGCAAGAUAUCUGUCGCGCUGUCGUCGACGAGAUGCCGAAAGAGGUCGAGUUGUUUCGUGGUGGAAAAUCCAAGCUCAUGGGCGCGCUCGUGGGAGAGGUGAUGAAGCGCACAAACGGUCGAGCGAAUCCCAAAGACGCGAGCAAGAUGCUC